CCGCUGCAGACAGCAGAGCGUCUCCUCGUCUUCCCCAAAAUGAUGGAAAAUGAAGUGUUUAAGUCAUUUAUGUUCUACAGCACGGUCUUGAUUUUAAAAAUGUACGUUGUUGCCAUCAUUACGGGACAAGUAAGGCUCAGAAAGAAGGCGUUUGCCAACCCCGAGGACGCGCUGCGCAACGGCGGCCUGCAGUACUACCGCGAGGACCCCGACGUGGAGCGGUGCCGCAGGGCCCAUCGCAACGACAUGGAGAACAUCUUUCCCUUCCUCUUCCUUGGAGCCGUCUACUCCUUGCUGGAGCCCAGUCCUGCCGUGGCGAGGAUCCACUUCUUCACCUUCUGUGCGGGGCGCCUCGUGCACACCGUGGCCUACCUGCUGAAGCUGAAGGCGCCCACGCGCUCCGUGGCCUACAGCGUGGCCCAGCUGCCCUGCUUCUCCAUGGCUCUGCAGAUCCUCCUUGCAACGACCCCGUACUGGUAA